AUGCAAGCUACUACCACGCUCAGUGCCAUUGAGCAGUCCAAACGAUUAGCAGCAUACACUGCUGUGGACAAACACAUUCUCCCAGAACAUAAGGUUAUCGGAAUAGGAUCUGGAUCUACUGUGCCAUAUGUUGUGGAGCGAAUCGUCGCACAGGGGCGCGAGCUCAACAAGGAUCGCGUGUUUAUUCCGACUGGAUUCCAGUCGAAGGAGCUCAUCGUCAUGUCGAACCUCAACCUAGGCGAUGUUGAUCAAUUUCCUACCAUUGAUGUCACUGUAGAUGGUGCUGACGAAGUAGACCUCAAUCUCAAUUGCAUUAAGGGGGGCGGAGCCUGCCAUUUGCGGGAAAAGGUGCUCGCGGAGGCUGCGAAUACCCUCGGGACGAACUUCACUCCUGGUGUUCCAAUUGAAGUCGUGCCAUUCGCAUACGCCCAAGUUUUGCGUAAAUUACACAAUGUUCUGGGUUCCCCUAACGCUACCCUGCGCAUGGCAAAGGCUAAAGCUGGUCCUGUGGUAACAGACAAUAGCAAUUUCGUCAUCGACUGCACCAUUUUGGCAAAAAUAAAAAUGCUCACAGGUGUCGUGGAAGUUGGUUUGUUCUGCGAUAUGGCUCAGGCUGCGUACUUUGGCAACGAGGAUGGCAGCGUGACCGUGAAGAGAAAAGUUGAGUUCAGGGUUGUCGAAGAAUCAAUCCUUCCUUCAUGA